AUGGACGGCGCACUACGCCAGCAGUUCAUGAAUGCUGCCUCUCGAGAGGGCCGCCAACGUGUGGGGUCGUUUUCGUCUUCCGGAUCUCAGCCCUUGUACGACGAUGCUCGCUCUCCACCGCCUCCCAUCGAGUCCCUAGGUUUCCCGUCUGUCAUCCCCGCCCGGCAUUCAGAGAUUCCCCUAGGUGUCGCAAAUAGCUUGAAAGAGAAAAAGUUGUCGACGAAACGUCUGAUCAAGCGCCAGUCUUCCCGGCCAACUUCUCCGCCAACAAGCUCAACGCCUUCAGUUGAUUCGCUACCUAUUCCUGUUCCGACCGAAAAUGCGAAUAACAUUCUGCUGAUGAUGAAAAAUCUGUGUGGGCGCAUGAGAGGUGAAAUCGAAUUCCAAGCUGACUCCCGGGGUCCAUGGCAGCUUGGUAUCGCAUACGUGGACGAAGAGAAGGGAAGCUUGAUGUUCGAUUCGGGCCACGAUGGGCCAUUUCACAUCCCCCUGAUUUCCGACCUCUGCGGAUGUCGAGUUGCGCCAGUCACACUAGCUGAUGGGAAAAGAUGUUUGGAGGUUUCGUGUCCCAUCCAGCCCCCGUUGGAUCUUCUAUUACAUCCGCUUUUAGCAGAAGAAACAGAUCUCUGGCUUGCGGCUUUACUCUGCUGGCAACAACUUCGCCCUCCGAAAGUGAAACUUUCGAACGGCAACCGGAGUCCCGCGUCUACCGCCCUGCGUCCAGCAGUAAGAAGGCGUGGCUCUGAGAAUGGAACAGCGAAAACUACGACUGCAUUCAUCAAGGUCGGCCAAGUGAGGCUUUGGGAUAAGGGGUUGGCAAACUCGCCGAGGGCUAUUGUGAAAAGACCUUCCACGAGAGAUCUGAGGUCGCCAACUACUUCUUGGCGGGUUGUUUCCCUGCUUCUUCAAGAAAACGGAGAAGUCCGACUCACUACAAGAGAUGGCGAGGCUGUCAUCGCCGUGGUCGAACUAUCUCAAUUAUCUCGAUGCGCUAUUCAACAACUGAACCGGUCAGUUUUGGACGAGGAGUACUGCAUUGGCAUCUUUCCACACUACUCUCCGAUAUCUACUCAGCUUUCCAUAUUCCGUCCCGUGUACAUCGCCCUGGACAACCGCCUAUUGUUUGAAGUGUGGUUUGUCCUUCUUCGAGCAUUCGCCCUACCGGACAUUUUCCGACUGGACUCGCCUUCAGCCGACGGAGCGUUGGAGGUCACGGACUUGGAGUCAGAGCUUUCCGGCGAGUUAUUCAGAAUCGAGAAGACAAUCAGUUUGCGGGUGACGGAGGCAAAACUGAAACCCAAGACUUGCUCUCCCGACGUUGGCUUCAUCGAUCGACAGCCCAAGGACGCAGACCCUUUGAUGGGUAACUACCUGACUGAAGUCAUACUGGAUGGCGAGGUCCGCGCUCGAUCAACGAUUAAGACUGGAACCAAGAACCCUUUUUGGCGGGAAGAUUACCAGUUUUCGGACCUUCCCCCAACUAUGCCGUUCCUUUCCAUCAUUCUGAAAAGAGUGGAUGGGAACCUGGAAAGUUUCAGUCACCAGCUUCAGGCAUCACUUGGUUUGCCCAAGACUGGAAAUCUGACCGAGAUUCUCUGUGGCUCUGUCGACAUUCCCCUGGACCACGUUGAACCCGGCAAAGACUUUGAGCGGUGGCUUGAGAUAUAUGACGAGCGACAGCAAGUCAUGGGCACUAUGCUUGUGAAGCUCCACCACGAGGAGCUCGUUGUUCUCCAUUCCAAGGAAUACCAGGCGCUGUCGACUUUGCUCCAUAGCUUUCCUUCUGGUCUCACCGCUCAGAUUGCCGAUGCACUUCCUGGCAAUCUGCGACGUCUGUCUGAAAUUUUCUUGAACAUCUUCCAAGUGUCUGGUCACGCCAACGAAUGGCUGCAAACGUUGGUCGAAGAUGAGAUCGACGGCAUUGGCGGCAGCCAAAACCAGAUGAAGAAGUACCGGUUUAGCAGUCGCUUGAAGUCAAAUGAGUCCAUGGAGUCAUCCAGUGACAGAGAGCAGAUUCUUCGCGACAUGGGUAAAUCUCUCGCAGGAGAGGCCAAUCUGUUGUUCCGAGGAAACACGCUGCUGACGCAAGCUCUCGAAUUUCACAUGAGACGGUCAGGAAAGGAGUAUCUUGAGCAGAUGUUGCAAGCCAAGAUUUUCGAGAUCAACGAGACCAAUCCCAACUGCGAAGUCGACCCGAGCAAGCUGAAACCUGGCGAAAACAUCCAGGAGCAUUGGACAAGACUCAUACAGCUGACAACUGAGGUUUGGCAAUGCAUUUGUAAGGAGCCCACGAAAUGCCCACCGGAGCUUCGGUCAAUCCUCAAAUACGUACGAGCCGUGGCUGAAGACCGCUACGGCGACUGGCUGCGAACCGUCACUUACACAAGCGUGUCGGGCUUCUUGUUCCUCCGCUUCAUUUGCCCGGCUAUUUUGAGUCCCAAACUUUUUGGUCUAUUGAGGGAUCACCCUAGACCCCGCGCCCAGCGAACGCUCACAUUGGUUGCCAAAGCACUCCAGGCCCUUGGAAACCUGUCUACGUUUGGCAAGAAGGAAGAAUGGAUGGAGCCGAUGAACAAGUUCCUGGGCUCCAAUCGUCAGUCAGUAAAGGACUACAUUGACACGAUCUGUGCCAUUCCUGUUGAACGCAACAAGGUCGCCCUGGGUCCAUCCUACUCGACCCCUAUUGCGAUUCUUGGACGGCUUUCGCCAACGGCACGAGAAGGAUUCCCUGCACUGCCUCACUUGAUUGACCACGCUCGUAAUUUCGCAGCACUGGUCAGGAUGUGGACCGAAGCUAACCCUAUCGGAAACGGAGAGGUAGUCAAGCCUGUGGGCGGCGAAGAUGACAUCCUCAUCUUCAAUGAAAUGUGCUUGGUGUUGCAGGAGCGUGCAGACCUAUGCUAUUCGAAAAUGGACGGGUCUUCUCACGAGACAGCGUCCCUUCCUGCCUCCGAUUUCGCCGACGCUAUGGAGCACAAUUCAGCCGUAUUGGAUUCCAUGAGCCUUUCCACGCAUCACAACCACUCAGCACCGACCUCGGCGAACACUUCUACAGUUUGGCUUGACCAAGACAAUUACCAACCUCCAGGGUCGGCUGGUAGCGACGUGUUGAUCGAUGUGCCUACGCGAAGAAGCCGCGAGCAUCGUCGUGGCCGAGAUUUCAGCUCCCUGCGGCAAGCGUCUGGACACUCCGAGCACGCGUCCUCGCAUUUAGCUACACUCAAACGGAAUGGCAGGGCUACCCGUCACAUUCUGUCUGGCAUUAUGAAGCCGUUCGCGCGGAGUGACUCGCCUGAGUCGUCUCCGUCAACGACACGUGGCAAGAAUCUCGACCGAUCAUGGAACACUGGCUAUUGA